CUUUAAACUUCAUUCUUCUUGCCACAACACCUCAUAUUGAGAUACGGUUUUGAUACUGUUCACCUUCAUCAUGUGGAUCACCGAGCUUGAAGGCCGUGCCCUAACUGUCGGCAUCACUUCAACAUGUGGAACUGCUUUUAUGCUUUUCGGAUUUGACCAAGGAGUAUUUGGCGGCAUUCUCCAGCAUCCAUUAUUCCAAUUAGCAUUCAACCAACCGUCAGCUAUGAUCCAGGGCCAGAUUGUCUCAACCUACGACCUUGGGUGCAUCCUCGGAGCCCUCCUGACUAUAUUCGUUGGCGACAUCCUAGGUAGACGGAAAACCAUUUCACUGGGUUGCGUUUUCGUCGCCCUUGGCGGCAUUAUACAGUCUUCCUCCUACUCUCUCGCUCAAAUGAUCGUUGGCCGAAUAGCCGCCGGCCUAGGCGUUGGCAUGAACUCAGUAGCUGUGCCCAUCUGGCAAAGCGAGACGUGCAAACCUGAGCAUCGCGGCAAACUUAUCGCUAUACAGCUCGCCGUCGUCAUCGGAGGCAUCGCUUUCUCCAACUGGAUGAAUUUGGGGUUCACUUACGUUGUUGACAGUCAUGUCAGCUGGAGGUUCCCUCUUGCAUUCCAGUCCUUGAUUGCCCUCCUCGCUAUAGCGCUUCUUGCUUGCAUGCCCGAAUCUCCUCGAUGGCUGUGCACCAAAGAUCGACAUACCGAAGCGCAGGCCAUCAUUGGUCGACUCUUGGCAAAGCCAGCCGAUGACCCAUCGGUAGUUGAGUCCCUCCGGCUGAUUGCCUCCUCCAUUGCCCAUGAGAGAGAGCUUGCCCAGGUCGGCUGGCGUGAUAUCUUCUCUAGCGGGGCGCAACAAAACUUCCGCCGAAUCGCACUAGGUGCUGGAACUUCGCUCAUGCAGCAGAUGGGCGGUAUUAACGUCGUGGUCUACUAUAUGCCAGUCAUUCUAACGGUUUCCUUUGACUUCAAUAGUCGACAGGCUUUAAUCCUCUCCGCAUGUGACUUCAUAUCACUGAUGAUCUGGGGAGGAUUAGUCAUGCUUGUUAUCGAUAAGUGGGGACGUAAGAGGCUGAUGCUCAUAGGCGCUUUUGCUCAGGGGAUCUGUUUUGCCAUUGCUGCUGCAGGAUUGGGGGUUGGAACGAAAGCAUCUCAAGCUGUUGCUGUCACGGCUAUCUUUCUCUACCACGUGUUUUUUGGCCUCUCUUUCCUGUCCAUCCCGUUCUGCUAUCCUUCGGAGAUAAACUCCCAGCGCAUGCGGAACGUGGGUAGCUCAAUUGCCAUGAUCACAAACUGGAUCUUUGUCUACGUGAUUGUACUCAUUACCCCAAUCGGUAUUGAUAGCAUCGGCUGGAAAUUUUAUAUUAUCUUCGCUGUGACUAACAUCGCUUGGCUGCCGUUGAUCUGGUACUUCUAUAUUGAGACUGCCGGCCUGUCCCUGGAGGAGAUUGACAGACUCUUCGAGAUCCAGUACGAAGGAGGUAAAGGGAUGUCCUGGAAAAAGGCAACGUCCCUAGCUAAGCAGGACGUCGCACUUACAAAUAUGCAGAACAGUGAGAAGAAUAAUGAGCCCAUGGUUCAACAUAGCGAGAUUGGUAGCGAAUAAGUAUUAUAGUCCUUUUCGAUACUUAGAGGGCAAUAAUAACUCUAGUAGAGAUGGUUGCAGCAGC